UGUUGUUUCCCCACAUGCGAUCGGUCUGUCAUCGGGGCUGUAGCGGGAGAGGACUAUGUCCAUGUAAUUUCGUCGUAGUUACAUGUCUAUUAUGCCUACUAUGUGGAAAUACUGAUUUUUCAUCAAAGCUAACCUAAAAGACAAAGAAAAAAAAGCCGGUUCAAUUUUAGAGAGCACCAAUUCAAAGAUGGAUCCCAUAACAAAGUGGACUUCUAAACAAGUUGUAGAUUGGAUAAGAGGCCUGGACGACAGCCUACAGCAGUAUGUCCCGUACUUUGAGCGUGAGAAGAUUGACGGGGAGCAGCUGUUGAAGAUCUCCCACCAGGACCUGCUAGAACUGGGUGUGACCAGGAUUGGACACCAGGAACUGGUGCUGGAGGCAGUCGACCUGCUCUGUGCUCUGAACUAUGGGGUGGAGACAGACAACCUGAAGACUCUGGUUGGUCGUAUGAGAGCGGCGUCCAACAACCUCCACAACUCAGCGUCGGAGCGCAGAAAGAACCCGUCGUACGAGGGCAAGAAGUCCCACAAACCCCCCAAUGACUUCCUCACUGCUGUGGUGGAGCUCAUCGGAGCAGCCAAGAGUCUACUGGCCUGGCUGGACAGGACUUCUCUGACGGGGAUCAGUGACUUCACCUCCACUAAGAACAGGAUCAUUCAGCUGUGUCUGGAACUCACCUCCACCGUUCAGAAGGACUGCACAGUUUAUGACAUGGAGGAGAAGAUUCUGGAAGUGUCUGUGGCUCUGAACGUGAUCAGUGAGCAGACGAUGAGGACGACCUCUGACCCCCAGAAGAGUCAGAUGGCCUGUCUGGAGGAGGUCCAUAUCACCAACAUCAGACCUAGGGAUGGACUGGGGUUGUAUAUCAAAUCCACCUAUGACGGGCUUCACAUCAUCACUGGAACCACAGAACAUUCUCCAGCAGACAGAACACACAGGAUCCACGCAGGAGACGAGGUCGUCCAGGUCAACAAGCAGACAGUGGUGGGCUGGCAGCUGGAGAAACUGGUGGGUAAGCUGAAGGCGGACCCAGCAGGUGUUACUCUGGUGGUAAAGAAGAGGCCCUCGGGUACCUUUAGCUUCACCCCGGCCCCCCUGAAGAACAUGCGCUGGAGGCCCCUUCUGGUGCAGAGCGCCCUGAGUAUGCAUAAGAUCCAGUCUCCAAAACAUGCCAGUGAAGCCCGCAUGAAAAAAGAGAAGCCAGCCAUUCUGGACCUAUUUAUCCCUCCUCCCCCCACUGUACCCUAUACCCCACGAGAUGAGAAGCCUAAAGCCAGUGUCAAACUGAGACCGAAGGGUUCACAGUCGCCAAACUCUUUCCUGGAUGAGGGCAGACGGCGCUUCACCAUCGCAGACUAUGACAACAAAAUCAGAGUCUGCCCCCCUCCUGAACCCAACCUCCAACCAGCCCAACCAGCCCCAGUAGCCCGCCUGAGACAACGGACAUCCACACGGGGUAAACCACGGCCCCUGUCCAUGCCUGUAGACUCGUGUUUGGGCAUGUCCGAUUCGUCUUCCAGACCCUGGCCCCAAGGGAGAAAAGGAGAGGACAUCCUGCACAGAUACCUGAGUAACGAGCGCAUCACCACCAUCUCUGAGGAGGCCUCGUUCUUCCCCCUACCCUACAGACCCCUGGAGGGGCGAUCUGGCCAGCUGGUCCGUGGCGUCGACCACAUCCGGGGCUCCCAGUGCUUCAUCAAUGCUGACCUGCACAACAGUGCCACCAUCCCCUACCAGGAGGCAUUGUGGAAAAAGGCCCCGGCUACGACUCUGACCCCUAGUGCUGCUGCUACUCCCAAACCCCCUCCGUCUGAACCCUCUUCGAUCCUGGGGGGCUGGCUAGCCCGCCUCAGGCUGUUGAGUCAUUGACGAGUGCCUCAACCUUGUGGACAGUGGAACGUGUGUCGCCCCCACUGCCUUUACCUUGCUAUAAUCGAACAGUGGUAUGGUUUCUCCACUCAGUAUUCUGACUAACACGUACCAUUCCUGGAACGUUCUGUUGGAACUUGGAACACUAAAACAGCCUUUGGAAGCUUUGCUUCAUUUCAACGCCACAUAGCCUAGGGGUAGACCAUUUGGUUGGAUCUCUCACUACAUUUCAACUCCACAUAGCCUAGGGGUAGACCAUUUGGUUGGAUCUCUCACUACAUUUCAACUCCACAUAGCCUGGGGGUAGACCAUUUGGUUGGAUCUCUCACUACAUUUCAACUCCACAUAGCCUAGGGGUAGACCAUUUGGUUGGAUCUCUCACUACAUUUCAACUCCACAUAGCCUAGGGGUAGACCAUUUGGUUGGAUCUCUCACUACAUUUCAACUCCACAUAGCCUAGGGGUAGACCAUUUGGUUGGAUCUCUCACUACAUUUCAACUCCACAUAGCCUGGGGGUAGACCAUUUGGUUGGAUCUCUCACUACAUUUCAACUCCACAUAGCCUAGGGGUAGACCAUUUGGUUGGAUCUCUCACUACAUUUCAACUCCACAUAGCCUGGGGGUAGACCAUUUGGUUGGAUCUCACUACAUUUCAACGCCACAUAGCCUGGGGGUAGACCAUUUGGUUGGAUCUCUCACUACAUUUCAACGCCACAUAGCCUAGGGGUAGACCAUUUGGUUGGAUCUCUCACUACAUUUCAACUCCACAUAGCCCAGGGGUAGACCAUUUGGUUGGAUCUCUCACUACAUUUCAACGCCACAUAGCCUAGGGGUAGACCAUUUGGUUGGAUCUCACUACAUUUCAACUCCACAUAGCCUAGGGGUAGACCAUUUGGUUGGAUCUCACUACAUUUCAACUCCACAUAGCCUAGGGGUAGACCAUUUGGUUGGAUCUCUCACUACAUUUCAACUCCACAUAGCCUAGGGGUAGACCAUUUGGUUGGAUCUCUCACUACAUUUCAACUCCACAUAGCCUGGGGGUAGACCAUUUGGUUGGAUCUCUCACUACAUUUCAACUCCACAUAGCCUAGGGGUAGACCAUUUGGUUGGAUCUCACUACAUUUCAACUCCACAUAGCCUAGGGGUAGACCAUUUGGUUGGAUCUCACUACAUUUCAACUCCACAUAGCCUGGGGGUAGACCAUUUGGUUGGAUCUCUCACUACAUUUCAACGCCACAUAGCCUAGGGGUAGACCAUUUGGUUGGAUCUCUCACUACAUUUCAACUCCACAUAGCCUAGGGGUAGACCAUUUGGUUGGAUCUCUCACUACAUUUCAACUCCACAUAGCCUAGGGGUAGACCAUUUGGUUGGAUCUCACUACAUUUCAACUCCACAUAGCCUAGGGGUAGACCAUUUGGUUGGAUCUCACUACAUUUCAACUCCACAUAGCCUAGGGGUAGACCAUUUGGUUGGAUCUCUCACUACAUUUCAACUCCACAUAGCCUAGGGGUAGACCAUUUGGUUGGAUCUCACUACAUUUCAACUCCACAUAGCCUAGGGGUAGACCAUUUGGUUGGAUCUCACUACAUUUCAACUCCACAUAGCCUAGGGGUAGACCAUUUGGUUGGAUCUCUCACUACAUUUCAACGCCACAUAGCCUAGGGGUAGACCAUUUGGUUGGAUCUCUCACUACAUUUCAACGCCACAUAGCCUAGGGGUAGACCAUUUGGUUGGAUCUCUCACUACAUUUCAACGCCACAUAGCCUAGGGGUAGACCAUUUGGUUGGAUCUCUCACUACAUUUCAACGCCACAUAGCCUAGGGGUAGACCAUUUGGUUGGAUCUCUCACUACAUUUCAACGCCACAUAGCCUAGGGGUAGACCAUUUGGUUGGAUCUCACUACAUUUCAACUCCACAUAGCCUAGGGGUAGACCAUUUGGUUGGAUCUCACUACAUUUCAACUCCACAUAGCCCAGGGGUAGACCAUUUGGUUGGAUCUCUCGCUACAUUUCAACUCCUUGGCGUGACAGACUUGGUUUAGAUUCAAUAUGCUGACAGAUUCAGAAUGUUUCGUGGAGGAGUUGGAGAAAAUUACAAGAAAGUUUCUGUUUCUGCUCAUUUUCCUAAUCAAGAGAAGGACUGUCAUUCAGGUUUAGGGAACAUUAGCCUUGCUUCUGUAGGUGAACUGUCAUACGUGUAAAUUGUUAAGUUAUUUAGUUUGUGUCUGUACAGAUUUCUUGUACAUGUGUUUAAAAUCAUUUUAAGAAGUUGAUUUGAUUUUUGUACCGAUUUAUUUUGUAUUUCAUUCCAUGAGUUGAUAUAUAGAUAUAAUUAAACCCUUUCAUUUUAUUUGAGA